AUGGCGAUACGACGUUUCAUCAGUCGACAUGGCUCACCGAAGGAGAUCUACAGCGACAACGGUAUAAAUUUUGUGGGAUCUGCAAACGAGUUACAGAAAGCGAUAGAUCACGGUGAUAUUUCUGAAAGUUUUACCAACAGCUCUACAAAAUGGAUCUUCAAUCCGCCAGCAGCUCCCCUCAUGGGUGGAGCGUGGGAACGACUCGUGCGGUCCGUGAAGACUGCUAUGGCCGUCAUGCUGACCACCAAGACGCCGGACGAGGAAACCUUUAUCACCAUAGUUCGUGAAGCUGAAGGAGUAGUAAAUACCCGACCGUUGACCUUCAUUCCGAUAGAAGACGAAGCAAGCGAAGCUCUGACGCCAAACCACUUUAUGAAGCUAAGCUCCAGCGGUGUCACUCAACCAUCGAGACCAUUAGAAGAUGGUCGAUUAGCCCACCGGUAUAAUUGA